CGUUGCACAAUCUUCGUGCAGAUCAUAAGAUACGGUAUCGGGUAUCAACAAAAUUCGAUAAAUCGGAAAAUCCUCCUAAUUUUGAUCCUAUCCAGAUUUUUAGCGAUUCCAUUUUUUCAGUUGCUUCCCGUUUUGCUUGCUUUGUUAGAGUAUGCAGUAGAUUUCCAUUCGGUUAAUAUUUUUUCUGUGCAUGCUGAUGUGACUACUGAUGUCUUUGGCCGAUAUGAUUGGCAUAUGAAUACUGAAUAGUGCUUCUCAACGAUCUCUUUCGGGAUUUUGAGCUUGGUCCUUGGAUAAAUAUUAGGAAUAUUCCCCCGACGGAUUCUGUACAGGGCACUGUUAUUGGGCAUUGUAAAUACCGAGACUUUACGCCAGGUAUUGCGACUCUUGUCUGCCGUUUUCGCUGUUGUUUGAUAUCGCCAUAAUAUCGGUGAUACAAACAGAUCGACGAACCCGUGUCUGUAUAGUGCGUUUCACACAUGUUUAGAGGCUGUCAAUCGUGUAUUUUGAUUAUCCCGUAUUCCGACUGCCUGCAUAAUCGAACAAGACGUGUGGAUGCCUGUGUUUAGCCGUACUCGGGUGGUGCCACUGCCAUGCCGUGGAGACGCGAUCGCUCCCACGAAGUGAAAGACCCCGAAAGCUACGUCAAACUGCCGCUGCACGCCGAGCGAUGGGGCGAGCUCUUCGACACGCUGGACAAAGACAAGAAUGGCCGCAUCAACGCCAAGGAUAUCAUGGAGGUCUUCCGGCACAUUCCGGAGGAGAGCAUCAAAGAAUCGAUAGAGAAUGCCGAUAUCGACGAUUCGGGCAAUUUGGAUUUUGUGGAGUUCGUUAAUUACGUUCUCAGUCAUGAGAAAAAAUUAGCGGUUGUGUUUGGAAAAUUGGACCAAAAUAAAGACGGUAAACUGGACCGCACGGAAGUCGUUAAUUCGUUUCAAAAGUUUGGUAUAAAUAUUACACCAAAGGAAGCAGAGCGCUUAUUAAAGCGAUUAGAUUCAGAUGGAUCGUUGGCCGUUUCGUUCGACGAAUUUCGUGACUUCUUCCUUUGGUAUCCCAGCAUCACCAUCCAAGAUUUGUUUGGAUACUGGAGACAUGGUGCCACGGUCAGUGAUUUCGUUGUCACAGGAUGGGAGUCUUCCUUGAUGAUCGGCUUUUUCCAUUUACAGUAUCUGGACCUGGGUGAAGAUGCACUGGUCCCGACAGAUUUCACUAAAAAAGAGAUGGUGACUGGAAUGUGGUGGAGGCAUUUAGUGGCCGGCGGUGUAGCGGGGUGUGUCAGCCGGACAUGCACAGCACCGCUGGACAGAAUAAAAACGUUCUUCCAGGUUUAUGGCAGAAGCGGGCAGUGCGAAUCUCUGCUAAAAUGUUUCUUUUCCAUGCUGAAAGAGGGCGGUUACUGGUCGUUGUGGCGCGGCAACGGAAUGAACGUUUUGAAAAUCGCCCCGGAAUCAGCAAUAAAAUUUGCUUCCUACGAACAAAUGAAGAAAAUAAUUAAAGGAAAAUCCGAAAGAGAGUUGUACCUAUCUGAGCGGAUCCUUGCCGGCUCGAUGGCCGGUGCUAUGUCCCAAUCAGCCAUUUAUCCCAUGGAAGUAAUUAAGACCCGGUUGACGCUAGGAACCACUGGGCAGUUCGAUGGGAUUUUCCAUGCAGCACGGCGAAUCUUAAAAAAUGAAGGCCUAAGUGCAUUUUAUCGGGGUUAUGCACCAAAUCUGGCAGGAAUUUUGCCUUAUGCAGGCAUCGAUCUAGCGGUCUACGAAAGUUUGAAAAGAUGGUACCUGAGGCGGCAUCUCCCAUCAAAAGACGCACAGCCUCCAGCACUAGUCGUUCUUGCUUGUGGUAUGGUGUCAAGCGUGUGCGGCCAGGUUUCCAGUUAUCCAUUGGCUCUGGUGAAAACGCGACUGCAGGCGUAUGAUGGUCCGGUGUUCGGUGCAGAAAACGGCACAAUAGCUGUGAUCAAGAAUAUCGUGAAUACUGAAGGCAUUCCUGGGCUGUAUCGGGGUAUGGGACCUAACUUCCUGAAAGCCGUGCCAGCGGUCAGCAUCAGCUACGUCGUGUACGAACACGUCAGGGAAGCACUCGGAGGCCAUAUGACCUAAACCAGCGUUGGGAGCAUUUUGAUACAACGAUCAGCUGGAGGAGAUUCCAGUAAUGCCACUGUGCAUGAUACACAGAGGCUUUCUUGGCUCUUCCGGUUAUUUGAAAUCCUGCGUAGUGCGGUUGCCUUAUACUGCCGCUGUCUCUGAGCCGCGGUCGGUGUCAAUAAUCGCGGGAGUUUGUUUCGGUUUUUUGCACAAUCUGUGAUGUGGGUUUUGCUAGAGUAAAUUAAUGAAAUGUGCUGUUGAUGUUGUAAUGCCUGCAUUAUUUUGUCUGAUGUGUUCAGUCUGAACCUUUAUCUUUUAGGAGUAAGUGAUUUUCCCCAGUUUUUUCCGACAUGUUGCUUGUUUUGUCCCGAUGGGCCUGUGAUGAGAAGGUGAAUAUUCUAAAGGCAUUAAAAACCGCUCCAACUGCGGACCAGUUAUUGGUGUGACAGUUGGGCGGUGGUGUUGGUAAAA